UCGGAGAUGAUCCAUCAAGCCGCACUUCCUGAUCCACCUGUUUGUCAAGUCGUUCAUUUCGCUGCGCGACGGAGCCUUGAGUCACGCCGAACGAGACAAUAGAAGGACUUUUUCAAAAGCUUUGAUGCAGUUCCUCGUUUUUUUUUUGUUUUUUUUACAUUUUGUAUCUACCGCAAGUGGAUAUUUUCUGAACUCCUAAAAUGCGUCUACAUGGCCACAGGAAUGGCCCACUCAAAGACGUGCUGCCGUUCCAUUUGUUUUUUUUUCUCGCUCCUUCACUUGUCUCGCCCAUCACAGUGAGUUCUCCAGCAGAGCUCCAGGCAUCCGCAGGAGACACUGUCACAUUGUCCUGCACUUUCACGUCCACCAGUCGACCCACGAGCAAGAUGACUAUCGAUUGGUCCUAUAGACCACAGGCUGGAGGGCCGCCACAGACAUUCUUCCACUUCUCUUCUCGUGCCUUCCCUCCUCUGGAGGGCCAGUUCAGUGGGCGUGUUCAGUGGCGAGGAAGCCCGGCAAAGGGGGAAGCCUCCAUCGCGCUGAUCAAUUCAACGCUGAAUGAUAAUGGAACCUACACAUGCUCCGUCAGAAACCCUCCGGAUGUCCACGGCAACCCAAACUCACACACAGUACUGACUGUCAUGCCCAAGAUACCCAGCGUUCGCUUCUCAGAUGUUGCGGUCCUCCUCUUUUUCGUCCUCAUCCCUUCCACCAUCAUUACCCUUAUUCUGAUUGGUCAGAUGCUCUUCACCGAGAGAGAGCGCAGCCAAUCCAAGGGCUACAGGUCACCCAUAGAGGUCGCAGAGGGAGAAGAGUACGACAACUACCGAGCGGGGAACCCAUUCAAGGCGGCCACAUGCUGUGACCUUGCUCUGACGGACUCUGAGAGUGAGUUUGACUACAGCCACAUGAAGCAGAACACGCCUGCUCCUGAAGGUUAUGCUGAGUCUCAGUUCUAGAGUUCCCCGGCUUGCUCACUUAUAGAUGUUAAGACCUGCAGGUGCCUUUCACAGGGUUUUUGCACUGAAUGAAAAUCAAUGGGGCAUUCACGUACGUCUCAAUUUCUAUUCUGGUCACGUUGGUAUUGUAGGUGCACAUGAUGUUCUGAAGGAGAUGUAUUUUGUCUUAAUUUAUUGCCUGUAUCAUAGCUGCUGAUGUCUUAUUGAGUUGUCACUUUUGUGUCCAAUCAUGUAUCAUUAUUUGGUGACAAAAUAAAUACUUUUUUUGGAAUGUCACUUCAAAUUAUUACAACUGUACAUAAUUUGUAUAUAUAAAAUGUCACUUUAAUUUUGAGAUUUUUAUUUUUAUUUUGGGGGAGAUGCAAAUGACUUUUUAUUUUCGAAACUUUUGCUAUUGUACGUGUUUAAUGAACACACGAGUUUCAUUUAAUGAAGAAACAAUCCUGAAUUUUGAGUCAGAUGCCCUUCCAGGAUAAGAUAA